AUGGCGGACCCCGACCCACAGCCCGAAUCCGAGGCGGAGUCUGUGUUCCCGCGCGAGGUCGGGCUCUUCGCAGAUUCUUACUCGGAAAAGAGUCGGUUCUGCUUCUGUGGGCACGUGCUGAGCAUCACGCAGAACUUCGGGGCCCACCUCGGGGUGGCAGCGCGGGUGUGGGACGCGGCUUUGAGCCUGUGCAACUAUUUCGAGAGGCAAAAUGUGGAUUUCCGAGGGAAGAAGGUGAUCGAACUGGGCGCAGGGACCGGCAUCGUGGGGAUCCUGGCCGCGUUGCAGGGAGGGGAUGUUACCAUCACUGAUCUGCCUCUGGCUCUAGAACAGAUCCAGGGCAACGUCCAGGCCAACGUGCCAGCUGGAGGCCAGGCCCAGGUCCGCGCCUUAUCCUGGGGGAUUGACCAGCAUGUCUUCCCUGGCGACUAUGACCUGGUGCUCGGGGCUGAUAUUGUGUACCUGGAGCCCACCUUCCCACUGCUGCUGGGGACCCUCCGACACCUGUGCGGGCCCCAUGGCACCAUCUAUCUGGCUUCCAAGAUGAGAGAGGAGCAUGGGACAGAGAACUUUUUUCAGCACCUCCUUCCUCAGCACUUUCAACUGGAGCUGGCCGAGCGGGACGAGGACGUGAAUAUCAACAUCUAUAGGGCCAGCCACAGAGGGCCAAGACCUGCUUGAUGUUACCCACUCUGCUCUUGGGUACCCCUUGUCCCAACGAAGGAAUGGCCAUAUUUCAAAAGCCACAAAUACAAGGCCCCACUCCCCCCCUCUGAAAAAAAAGAUGGAUUUCUUUUCCCCGCCUCCUCCUCUUCUCUUUGUUCCCCUAGAUUUUCUUGGUCAGAUGCCUGCUUGCUAAGAGUCCAAGACCCUAGCAGUACUCAUCUUAGGACCCAAAGGAUGUUCUCAGUUCCCAUUCUCGAGGAGCGUGUGUGUAAGGGUGUCCAUAGCGUCCAUCGGAUAUGAGAUCAGUGGCUGCUGAUAGAUAAGACUUAGUGCCCACUUCCAGUCCUGCUCUUAUCUCUUUAUGCUCUGUGGAUUCCCCCCCCAGGUUCUUUGGACUCUUUUCAAAGGGAGAGAAAGGGAGAGCACUUAAGAUCUCUUCUGCCUCCAAAGAACUCAGGUUUCUGCCUUGGGGCCUGAGAAGAAAGAAAGUUUGUUUUUUUUAAACUCCUCGAGCUGGGCAGAAGGCACCGGGGCUCUAACUGGAUCAAGUCCUCCCCGUCUCGACGGGAGGCAUAGCCACCACACCAAGCCCUCCUUUGGCCGGUUGCUCCUUCGACCUUUUUUGGAGUUGGCGCCGUGAUCACAGACCAACGCCAUGCCCUGCAGAAGAACUCUGGACUGAGUUGUAGAUUCCUCUCCUCCUCGAAUUGUCUUUAGGCUUCUAGACCCCUUCAUUUCUUCUUUCCCAGUGCGCUCUGCCUUCACCUCAUUUCUGUUCUCACGUUGGCCCUUCCGACAGGGCCAUAGAGCCAUCUCUAGACUACCAUCUUCUACUCUCUUCAAACCAUUCUGCCAGCUAUUGGUGAGCUUCCUAAAAUCUGCUCUUGCUGCAUCUAGAAGCAAGAACAGAUUCCUCUGCUUGGGACUCAGUCUACCUCCAUAUGAUUCCAAAUACCCUUCUACUUCAUUCCCUACUCCUCAGCUAUAUGUAUUGGUACUUCUGGCUAGUCUACAAAAGAUGUUCAAACUUCAAACUUCGUUCUUUCUGGUGAUCUCAUGCCUGGAAUCCCUUUAUCUCUCUGUCAAAGUCUUCAUAGGCCCUCUUACAUGUCCCUUCUUUCCUGAAACGGUCUUUCCUAAUCCUCUCAUUAGGAUGUGAUUUCUUCUCCCUGGGAGCCCUUGCCUUUGUUCAGCCUGCAUGAUCUGCCUUGUCUUGUAUGGUCUGGUCAUUUGUGUCCCUUUUGAAUUAUGAAUUUAGCUCUGCGGCUAGGCCUGUUCUGGACCCCUCUCUAAUCCUGGUGGGCAGUUAGAACCCAUCAGAGGCACCUGGGAGGACAGGCCUGGUGAGUCACAGCCUUGAAAACCCCGUGCAUACCUGUGGUUGCUGUGAACUGGAACUGACGUACAGAAGUGAACAGCAGCUUCCUGAGCACGGUUCCCGGCAUGCAGUAGGUGCCCAAUAUAUCUUUUGCUUAUUCAACAAAGAUUAACUCUGCUUGUUGAAGAGUCUCCACCCCAUUCUCCCCCAGGGACCUUGGACAAAUUUCCACCUACCUCACAGGUUUGCCAUAGAUCAUAAAUGGAUAGUAAUAAUGAUGAUGAAAUCAAUAAUAAUAAUAAUAAUGGUGAACACAAUGUA